AUAUCAGCCUGGCCUGAGAGUGCUUGGGUAUAGGGGUGCCCUCCCCUCCCACCUAGGAUUGGACCACACUUGCAAGAGGGCAGGUUGGGGGUUAUUUUCUGUAUUGGUGAUGAUGAAUGCCCUUUACAAACCCAUGGGAUAAAGGCACAGCUGAAAUGACAGAAAGGAGGAGGUACAGGUAAAUAUUCAUUUAUUAUUUUAAGAGUUCAGCUAUUGAACAUGUUACAAAAGAGGUUCAGUCAAAAAGCCCAAAGCCCAUGUCAUCAUCAGACUCCUCAGACUCUUCUUUCUUCGCUGCCACUGUCUUCUCAGCUGGGGCAGCAGUGGUGGAGGUGGCAGGACCUCCUGCUGGUGCCGCCCCAGCUGACAGGCAGGCCCACCAGCCCCUUCCUUGCAGAUGAGGCACCCGAUGUCGACAUUGGCCAGAGCCUUUGCAAACAAUCCUGGCCAGAAAAGGUCAGCAUUUACAGCAGCUGUUUAAUGAGGGCAUUGAUCCUCCGUGACCAUCACCUCAUAGUUGUGCAGGAUGAGGGCCGAGUAGAUGCAGGUGAGCUCCGAGAUGGAGGCCAUGGUACAAGCGAAUGCGAGGCGGGCAUGGUGCUAGUCGCCGGAUGAAGUGAGGGCCUCACCCCAGUGCGACCCAAGCUUCCUCAGAGGGACUGAGCACCUUAGCGGCAGCUGAGGAGAGGGAGCCAGGUGAAUUUUUCAAAGACUGGGAUCCACUGACUCCCCAGGCUCAGGUGAUAUUCAAAAUACCAACAGGCUUGUCUCAGGCACCGACAAGUGGAGGUACCAGAUGGGCGCUUGGGGGUGUUACUGGUGGUCCAUGAUGCUUCUGCCACUAGGCCCUACCUCUCCUGUGGUAACAGAGAGGAGAACCCAGGAGGUUGCCACACCUGCAGCUGCUGCAGUUCGCUCCUCUGCUGGCCUGGAUGGGGCCCUGUUGAUGGCAACUGUGGCUUGGUGAGUCAGUGUGCCCCUUCCUGCUGGGGCCCUGAGGUGGGAGGGGCAAGGAGCCUCCUCGUACCCCACCCCUAGACCCUUCCAAGCUGCAAGUGAAACUGGAGGCCAAGAGACACAAGCCCAGGGCACGCCCACCGCAGAAGAUCACCGUCUUUGCCCUGGGCAGCCUGGCACUGAAGCUUUCCUCCAGCCUCCCAGUUCUGAGUCCUUGGCACUGGGCGCCAUUCCCUUGACCCCUCUCCAAGCCUCCCAGUGGCUCCCCAGCUGGCCGCAGGCCACACGAAUCUUACUCUGGCUGGCAGGCCUGAGGUCGCUGCAUGCCAAAGAUGGCAGUACGCACAGCCUGGAAGGUAAUCCUUUCUCGCUAGGAAAGUGCUUAUCUAACUGAGGCAAGCUAGGAUUUGAACUGCUAAUUGCUAAGCCAGCUUUUCUGGAACUUCUUUUGUGUAUCUGGGAGGUACAGCUGGUCCAUGAGGAGGUGGCUCCCAUUCAGAUGCUGGACUGUGCACUCUGGGGUGUUUUCUGCUGAUAUUCCCUCUCGUUUUUUGCUGAGUUUCCCAGCCUCUACCUGCCUCUUCUCCACCAACUGGGGCCUACCUGGGCCCUAUGAAGUGCCAACCAACCCACCAGCUGUUUAUUGUGCACGAUGAUGUUACAAGAUUGGAAGGAAAUCCCUGGAUCCAAGGUCUGUGCCAAACAGGCAAGUGAUACAGUGAUGCUACCUGGCAUUGUGCCGUGCCUGGCACAGGUUGGUGGCCCGCAGUGGGCCGUCCUUUCAGGCCUCUCCCUGAGCCGCAGUGCUCAGGGUUACAACCCUUUCCUAUCAGGUCACCCAUUCCCAGCUCCAGCCCAGACCUGAUGAGCUGCUCUUGGCUCCUGUGGCCCCAGAAAGGCCUCCGACUCCAGGCUGUGCCAGGCCCUGGCCCUGGCCAACCCCUCUGCCUGUCUUCAGGUCUUUCUCACUCGCUCACUUCAGGAGAGUCUCUGCACAAAUGUCUCUGUCAGAGGACUUCCCUGCCCUUUCCUGUUUCUCAUGGCACUUAUCACCUGACGUCAUAGUGUUUGUGAUGUCAAAUACUGUUCUUUUCACUAUUUUUUGCUGCUAUUUUGCUGUGCCUAGCACGGUGCCUGACCCACUUUAGCUGUCAGUUAAAUAAGUGACUGUUCAUGAAUGAAUGAAUGAACACUUCUGCUGUUCCCCUGUCAACAUGCAUGGAGCUCCACACCUGCUCCAGGCUUGAGGGCAGGAAGCUCUGUGGGGUGGGAGUCAUGGGGCCUGGCUUCUCAAUUCACUGUGUGAGCUUGAGUGAGUCGUUUAGCUGCCUACUUCCAGUUGUAGGAAUAGUGUAUGAGAACGCACUUAUCAUAGAGACAUAAAGCCCUGAAUGGGAUAUAAACUUGGUUUGAAUCCCGGCUCCACCACCUGCUAGCUGUGUGGCCUUGGGCAACAUACCUAACCUCUCUGUGCUUCUGUUUCCUCAUCUGUGAAAUGGGAGUAAAACAGCUUCCUUGAAUCAGUCAAGGUUCUUGGUUGCAAACAAUAGCACCAACCCAGAAGCUUACUAAAGGGCUAUAGGGAAGCUCUCACAGGCUCAACGGAAAGGUGGAAAGCCCAAAACAAAGCUGUCCAGGACACAAGGAAAAAUAUUCUCUGAAGCAUGCCACCAGCACUGCCAACACUGGACCUCAGGGCCACAGACCCUGCUGGCCUUCCCUGAAUAGACCGACUCCUAGGCAGUGCCUCUGAUUUGUGAAACUCAGAUCCAGGGGCCAGGGCAGCAAGUAGAGGAGGCUGGCCCCAGCAUCGCACAUUGAGGAGCUUGCCAAGCAGGGAAGAGAUGCCUGUCCACCACAUCACAUGCAGAGGGUUGUCCUGAGGAUUAGAGUUAAUCCAGAACCUCGAACACAGCUAGUGGGAAACCUGGUGGAAUCUGCUGGAUUUAGAACACGCUUAUCCUAUGACUCAGUGAUGUCAAACUAGUGUGCGUGUCUGGAAGAUGGGGACAAAAAUGUUAACAGCACUAUGUGUAAUCACCAAAAACUGGGAACAGCCAGAUGCCCAUCAAGAAUGGAACACAUGAAUAAAUAAGUACCCUGGACUACUACACAGCCACAAGAAAGAGCAAACUACAACUAUAUGUAACAACGUGGAUAAAUCUAAAACACAACACCAGGCAUAAGAAGCCAGGCAGAAAACCAUGUAGGUUGUAUGGUUUCAUUUAUUUGCACUUCAAACACAGGCAAAGUGAAUGCAUGAUUGUAGAAGCUGGGAUAGUGGGUGUCCUAGAACGACAGAGAAGAAGGGGCAGGAGUGGGGCUCCUUGUGCUGAGAAAGCUCACUUUCUUGAUCUGGGUGCUGGUUUCACAGUGUGUUCACUUUGUGAACCUUCAUUGAGUUCUUCAUUUAUGAUUUUGUAUUUUUCUCUAGGCUUGUUAUACUUCAAUUAAAAAAUCACAUACGGGGCUUCCCUGGUGGCGCAGUGGUUGAGAGUCCGCCUGCCGAUGCAAGGGACACGGGUUCGUGCUCCGGUCCGGGAAGAUCCCACAUGCCACGGAGCGGCUGGGCCCGUGAGCCAUGGCCGCUGAGCCUGCGUGUCCGGAGCCUGUGCUCCGCAACGGGAGAGGCCACAACAGAGACCUGCAGUGUCCCAGAUAAGGGCUGCUCCUUCAACCUGGGUCUUGGAGUGGAGCUGGCUUAGUGCAGAGCGGCAACCAACCCAUGACGGACAUGUAAUGUGAGGAAAAUGAACCUCUUUGGGAUUAAAUUACUUGCUGAGGGUCACUCAGCUCUUACAGGCUGGAUCCAGAACCUGAACCAGGCAGAUCCAAGCCACCUGGCCGCUCCCUCUCCCCGCUGGGCACGAAGCCUGACGCCUGCCCUUCAGCCCUCGGUGGGCUUCCAGGAAGCCGGCAGCCUGUAACCGGACAGUUUGCUCCCAGCAGGUACCCCUGAGCUGCACUCUGCACACUGUUCCUGGAUCUCCUCUCCGAAACCUGGGCAGAGUGUGUUCCCACCCAGUCCGGUGACCUUCGCCUGUCUGAGCCCUGGUUAAUUUUUGCCCAGUCUGCAGGCUGUGGGGCUCCUCCCCUUCAGGGAUAUAAGCCUGGCCCGAGGCUGCCCUGUUCCCCACCUGUCCUGAGCCUCCCCAAGCUCCCUCUGCACCCUCACCAUGGCCAAAGGAUUCUACAUAUCCAAGGCUCUGGGCAUCCUGGGCAUCCUCCUGGGCGUGGCGGCCAUAGCCACUAUCAUCGCUCUGUCUGUGCUGUAUGACCAGGAGAAGAACCAGAAUGCCGGGUACGCCACCACCGUGGCCCCUACGAGCCCCGUGACCACCAUCACCACGGCCACCACCUUGGAUCAGAGCAAGCCAUGGAACCGAUACCGCCUACCCACGACACUGUUGCCUGACUCCUACAAGGUGAAACUGAGGCCCUACCUCACUCCCAAUGAGAAUGGCCUGUAUAUCUUCACGGGCACAAGCAUCGUCCGCUUCAUCUGCAAGGCCCCCACUGACGUCAUCAUCAUCCAUAGCAAGAAGCUCAACUACACCACAACCCAGGGGCACAUGGUGGCCCUGCGGGGCGUGGGGGCCUUCUCGGUCCCCGACAUCGCCAGGACCGAGCUGGUAGAGCCCACGGAGUAUCUGGUGGUACACCUCAAGGGCUCGCUGGAGGCAGGCAGAAUGUACGAGAUGGAGAGUACAUUUCAGGGGGAGCUGGCCGACGACCUGGCAGGCUUCUACCGCAGCGAGUACAUGGAAGGCAAUGUCAAAAAGGUGCUGGCCACGACACAGAUGCAGUCUACAGAUGCCCGGAAAUCCUUCCCGUGCUUUGACGAGCCGGCCAUGAAGGCCACAUUUAACAUCACCCUCAUCUACCCCAACGGAUUCACGGCCUUGUCCAACAUGCCGCCCAAAGGUCCCAGUGUCCCGUUUGCAAAAGACCCCAAAUGGAACGUCAUUGAGUUCGAAACCACGCCUGUAAUGUCCACAUACCUUCUGGCCUACAUCGUGUGCGAGUUCACGAGUGUGGAGACAGUGGCACCCAACAACGUCCAGGUCGGGAUCUGGGCUCGGCCUAAUGCAAUUGCAGAGAACCAUGGCAAUUAUGCCCUGAACGUGACAGGUCCCAUCCUAGACUUCUUUGCCAAACAUUUUGAUACACCCUACCCACUCCCAAAAUCUGACCAGGUUGCCUUGCCCGACUUCAACGCCGGUGCCAUGGAGAACUGGGGGCUGGUGACCUACCGGGAGAACUCGCUGCUGUUUGACCCACAGGCCUCCUCCAGCAGCAACAAAGAGCGGGUUGUCACUGUGAUUGCUCACGAGCUGGCCCACCAGUGGUUUGGGAACUUGGUGACCCUGGCCUGGUGGAAUGAUCUUUGGCUGAACGAGGGCUUUGCCUCCUACGUGGAGUACCUGGGUGCUGACUAUGCAGAGCCCACCUGGAACCUGAAAGACCUCAUGGUGCCGAACGAGUUGUACCAUGUGAUGGCUGUGGACGCGCUGGCCUCCUCCCACCCCCUGACCACCCCUGCCGAGGAGGUCAACACACCCGCCCAGAUCAGCGAGAUGUUUGACUCCAUCUCCUACAGCAAGGGAGCCUCGGUCAUCAGGAUGCUUUCUGAGUUCCUGACUGAGGACCUGUUCAGGAAGGGCCUGGCGUCCUACUUGCAUGCCUUUGCCUAUCAGAACACCACCUACCUGGACCUGUGGGAACACCUGCAGAUGGCUGUAAACAAUCAGUCGGCCGUCGAGCUGCCAGACACCGUGCGUGCCAUCAUGGACCGCUGGACCCAGCAGAUGGGCUUCCCUGUCAUCACUGUGGACACCAAGACAGGGAGCAUCUCCCAGAAGCACUUCCUCCUUGACCCCGAGUCCAACGUCACCCGCCCCUCAGUGUUCAAAUACCUGUGGAUUGUUCCCAUCUCAUCUAUCAAAAAUGGCAACCUGCAGGACCACUACUGGCUGCAGGGCAACGCAACAGCCCAAAACAAUAUGUUCAAAACCGGAGCAGAAGAGUGGGUCCUGCUUAACGUCAACGUGACGGGCUAUUACCAGGUGAACUAUGAUGAGAACAACUGGAGGAAGAUUCAGAAUCAGCUGCAGAUAAGACCACUGACCAUCCCUGUCAUCAAUCGGGCACAGGUCAUCUACGACAGCUUCAACCUGGCCAGUGCCCGUAUAGUCCCUGUCACCCUGGCGCUGAACAACACCCUCUUCCUGAAAAGCGAGACAGAGUACAUGCCCUGGCAGGCCGCCCUGAGCAGCCUGAGGUACUUCAAGCUCAUGUUCGACCGAUCCGAGGUCUACGGUCCCAUGAAGAAUUACCUCAGGAAUCAGGUUGAACCUCUCUUCCUAUAUUUUGAAAAUCUCACCCAAAACUGGACUAAGCGCCCAGAAAGCCUGAUGGACCAGUACAAUGAGAUUAAUGCCAUCAGCACUGCCUGCUCCAAUGGGCUGCCUAAGUGUGAGGAGCUGGCCAAGAACCUUUACAACCAGUGGAUGGAGGACCCCCAAAAUAACCCGAUCCACCCCAACCUGCGGUCCACCAUCUACUGCAACGCCAUCGCCCAGGGCGACCAGAAAGAGUGGGACUUCGCCUGGAGGCAGUUACGACAAGCCCGACUGGUUAAUGAAGCUGACAAGCUCCGCUCAGCACUGGCCUGCACCAACCAGGUCUGGCUCCUGAACAGGUACCUGAGUUACACCCUGAACCCAGACCUCAUCCGGAAGCAGGAUGCCACCUCCACCAUUAACAGCAUUGCCAGCAACGUCCUCGGGCAAUCUCUGGCCUGGGACUUUGUCCAGAGCAACUGGAAGAAAAUCUUUCAGGAUUACGGCGGUGGUUCCUUCUCCUUCUCCAACCUCAUCCAGGCGGUGACCCGAAGAUUCUCCACUGAGUUCGAGCUGCAGGAGCUGGAGCAGUUCAAGAAGAACAACAUGGAUGUAGGCUUCGGCUCAGGCACCCGGGCUCUGGAGCAAGCCCUGGAAAAGACCAAAGCCAACAUCAAGUGGGUGAAGGAGAACAAGGAGGUGGUGUUAAAGUGGUUCACAGAACACAGCCAAAUAGUCCCUGGUGCUUACAGUCACCUGGCCCCCAUGUGAGAUGCCCACGUGUGUCUAUCCAAGUGGCUCACGGUAGGGCCCCCAUUCCUGAAGCCUGAGGCACCUGUGUCCUCCCCUUAGGAACAGAGUCUCUGGCCCAUGUUCUCUCCAGUCUGCCCAGGGGGCCAAUCCAGUUUCUGAUGGCCAGACUGUCCAAGUGCCUCCCAGCCCCUGCCCCUCAUGCCAACCCCACCCCAGGCCUGGCAUGGCUCCUGUCACCCAGGGCCCUGGGGCUGAUCUCAGGGAAGUCCAGCUCAAGGGCCAGAUGAGCAGAGGCCCUUGAUGGAUGAUGGACUGCCUUGGAGGGCUGCCCUGUGCCCUCUCUCACCCUCCCAUAAAGACCCUGAACCGGAGGAGUCAACAGAGCACCAGAUCUGUAUAUUUUUUUCUAAGAUAAAAUGUAAAUAAAGGAUUUCUAGAUGA